AUAAAAAUAUAAAAAAAUUUCAAUUUCAAAGUAACCUUUACUCUUGUCUUAUCAGCCCCUGAAAUACUUCUUCCUCUAUAGUACUUGCAAUUAAGCUGUUUCAUCCUUUGGCUGAUCUGUAUAUAUAUAUACCUGAGAUGCAGCAAAUCGUUUUCUAUCAUUUUAUGCAACCAUAAAAACCCCCCAAACAAACCUUCCCACACCCAAAGAAAUCGCAGUCAAAUACAUCAAACAAGUUCAGGACAGCAACUAUAAGGCAGCAGCUGAGUUUUUUAGCCAUGGCAGAUGAGUUUAACACGGGAACAAACUGGUGGGAUUCAUCCAGGAGUACUAAUAACCGGUUUGAUGCCACAGCUGCAGGUUCUUCUGCUUCAUCUUCCGGGCUAAAUAAUAGCUUGGGAAGCUUUGGAUGGGGAGCUGAAAUGGUUGAUAUCAAGGCAGCAGCAAGGUCUUCUAUGGAUUCUGUCUCUUCUGUUUCAGGUCGUUCAGUUGUUUUUCAGGAUACGUCAAAGCUCCAAGGUGAACCUGAUCAUCCCCCUGGUGAUUUACAUAUGAUGGGGUUAGGGCUUUCUUCUCAAGCUAUGGAUUGGAACCAAGCUUUGCUCCGUGGGGAUAAGAGUGAGAGUAGUUUCCGUUCCAUGUUUCAAGAUCAUAACUUGAAUUCAAAUGCAAACUAUCAGCAAGAAACAGGUGGGAUCGGCUCCUCUCAAGUUCAGUGGAGAGAGAAAAUGUUUUCUGGGGUUGGAGGAGAUGCUUCUGUCAAUGAAUUUAAGCAAAUCAGCAGAGGUUUUUCUCUUGAUCAGUCACAGUUUAGUCCCCAUGGAAGUUCUAGUGAUAGCAGUGUGACAUGUCAGGGUUUGCCUUCUAGUUUCCAGAUGGAUUCAACAGCCUUCUAUGGAAAUCCUUCAACUAUUUUACAAGGACUAUUGGGAUCAGAAAAUCAGACACAGCAAUCUUCUUAUGAGAAUCGUUCAAUCAAUUAUCAAUAUGGAGCAGCUUCUGCAAGUUAUGGAAUGAACACUAAUGAAUUGUUGCCUAAUUCUUGGUCUAAAGUCCCUCAAUUUUUAAGAAGUUCACCUCCAAAACAACAUCUCCAUGGUCAGUUACAUUUCUCCAAUAAUGCUCCUUUUUGGAAUCCAUCUGCAGCAGCUGCCAUGACCGAUGUUAGGCCUGGGUUUUUCCCAUCAUUGCAAACCCAAUUUCCAACAGGAAAUUUUGAUGAAAAAACAAAGAAUAUAUCCGAAGUUAGGGACUCAAGCACUGUGGCGAAGAAAAGUGAAAACGAAUCCACAUCUAAAAGGCCUCGAAAUGAAACCCCAUCAAUGCCAGCUUUUAAGGUGAGAAAAGAGAAGAUGGGGGACAGAAUCACUGCACUCCAACAAUUGGUUUCACCUUUCGGAAAAACUGAUACAGCCUCAGUGCUCUCUGAAGCUUUUGAUUGCAUUAAAUUCCUCCAUGAACAAGUCAGUGUUUUAAGUACCCCAUACAUGAAAAGUGGAGCUGCCAUACAACAGCAGCAGAAUGCUGAGAAGUCCAAGGACCCUGAAGGGCCUAAACAGGAUCUUAGAAGCCGGGGUUUAUGCCUGGUGCCGGUCUCUAGCACGUUCUCGGUGACACAUGACUCGAAUUUAGAUUUCUGGACACCAACAUUUGGAGGAACAUUCAGGUAGAAAAGAUAAGAAAUGGUGUAAAAAAGGGCACAGAUGGAAGUGGAACAGAUUCUCAGCAACUAGUGUAUAUUCUUAUCGGAGAAAAACCCUAGACAAGUUGUUGGAAGAUAACAAGGAUCAAACUGAAAGGAACAGAAAAAGAAAGAAGCCCAAAUUUAAAUAUCUAGUCCAGGAUGGAAAAAACAAAUUAAAGAAGAAAAUGUGAAGACAGAAUUGGGAGAAACUGAAAGAAUUGAAAAGGAAAUGACUUUUCAAAGAAGAGGCUAAGAGGGCAAUGAGCUAGGGCCAACAUCAGGCAAAAUGAUAAUGCAGGGAUUUGGGCACUCUAGGGGACAAUUGGGAAACAUAUUAAUUUCUUUGUAAUA